CUCCCCAGUUACAUACUAUCUAACAAAUUUCACUGUCAAGAGAAUCAAUCUUUACCAGCAGCAUCGUGAUCGAACCCGAUUACCGAAUACGGAGGUCCCUUACUGUCUUGUGGGUCCCAUCUUCAGGAACCAUCUUGAAAUGGACUUUGUUACUGGCGUCAUUCGGAAUAGACUUGAGGGCGUAGUUGCGUCUGGAAUCACUGCCGCUGGUGAGAUCGCGGGAGACUCCGUAUCAGGAUUUGGGAAUGUGAUCGAGAAUGGAGGACGAUCAGUGGGCGACGGUGUGGCCAGGACUUUUGAUGGCUGGGGCGGGAGUAUCCGAAACUAUGGCAGCAGAGCGACAAGUUCAACACCUGCUAGACAGACGUCAUCCAAGGUCAUUGCAGUGAAGAAGCAAGCCAACAACAGAACGGCCACAACUUCAUCACAGGAGAAAUUGCUUCCGAGUUCCGCUUCGAAAGCACUUCCGGCUACGAAGCCUUUGAAGACACUGCCUCCGCCAGAGAGCGUAAAGGCUCCCGCAGCCGCGCCUAGAAAGCCGCCAGCGAACAAGAACACGGCACCCUCGAAUAUAAAGAAACCAGUGGUCGGCAAUAGGGUAAGAAAGGGCCAGGCACCGGAAAAUGCAGGAAACGGCCCGAAAGCACAAGCAGCGCCAAAUUCCGCGGCGCAGCCGCGACCGAACAGCCAGCCCAAAGGGGUCAAUCAACUAAACGCUCCAUCGAAGAAGAUCACAAUCUCGCCCGCGUCGCGACCGAAACCAAAGGGGCCAGUGAAGCCACUCGCUUCGAAACAAAGCCAUGUUCACAUUGGCGGAGUGAGUGCUAAGUCUGCCGAAAAGAAACGACAGGAUGCACCUGAGUCAAAGCCGCAGGGCAAACCAAACGAACAAAGGCUCAAGUCCAUUGACCGGACAUUCUUUUGA